UACAAUUCCCAGCAGACGUCGCGAAAGUAGGUCCACGCACGCGCAGCCCAGACUGCGCGACAAGGUCCCUUAGUGGAGUUUUUUGGGAGACAAAAUGGCAGCGCGGGGGCUGCGGCUAGGAGUGGGGAGGCUGUCUGAGGUGCCGGCGGCGCUGAGAGGCGUAGGCCGAGCCUCCAGCUCGUCUCAGGCCUUUGCUGAGGUGCUUCGGCUGCCGAGGAGACAGCUGACGAAGCUAGUGUUCCCCCUGCAGGAACUCGAGCAGUACCUUGCCCCGGACGCGAGGGCGGACUUGCGGCUGAGGAUCUUCGACCCGAGCCCGGAGGACAUCUCGAAGGCCGAGAGCUUCUUCGCGGCCGGCGCCGGGAACCGCAUCGAGUACGUCAGCUCGGCGGUGCGGCUGGACCACGCCCCGGACCUGCGGCGGCCCGAGGUGUGUUUUAUAGGCAGAAGCAAUGUUGGAAAAUCCUCCCUAAUAAAGGCAUUAUUUUCAUUGGCCCCUGAGGUUGAAGUCAGAAUCUCAAAAAAACCGGGGCACACAAAGAAAAUGAAUUUUUUCAAAGUUGGGAAGUACUUUACCAUGGUCGACAUGCCAGGUUAUGGCUAUAGAGCACCAGAAGAUUUUGUUGAGAUGGUAGAGGCCUACCUAAAAGAACGAAGGAAUUUGAAGAGAACAUUUUUAUUAGUGGACAGUGCUGUUGGAAUUACAAAAUUAGACAAUAUUGCCAUAGAAAUGUGUGAAGAAUUUGCAUUACCUUAUGUGAUGGUAUUAACAAAAAUUGACAAAUCCUCCAGGGGACAUCUUUUAAAACAAGUACUUCAGAUCCAACGAUUUGUCAACGUGCAAACCCAAGGAUGUUUUCCUCAGUUGUUUCCUGUAAGUGCUAUGACCCAUUCUGGAAUUCACCUGUUGAGAUGCUUUAUAGCAAAUAUAACAGGAAGUCUUGACCUAACAGCUCCUACGUUAGCUGAAGAUUCAAAAUUCUUUAUACCUACUGGACUUGCACACUAGAAGAAUC